AUGGCACAGAGGGUAGCUGGCGUGGGAGUCGGAGUAUUCCUUCUCUUCUUCUUUCUGGCCCUCUCCGUGCUCAUCUGCCUGCUAGGCUCACGGUCCAAGCUUCGAUGGAUUGUGUUUACGGCAUCCGCUGCCAUGUUCGGCAUUGUGGCGCUGGUGCUGCUGGCCUCGCCAAAGGGCCCGAAGCGAACAAAGCCCCCGGAGGGCUACGACCAGACCAUUGUGCCCCUGGUAGUUGUUAUGGUAAUCCUGGCGAUUGGCGUACUGAUGAGCGCGGUGGGCAUGCUCAUCUUCGCACUGCUGCCGACGGUGUACGCUCGGCCCCUCAGUCACCAUUUGGACGUCCUGAAACACAGGAGCUAG